AUGUCAGAUAAUAAACAAGAAUCUACACCAUCCCAAAAAAGUCAAAAUACAAGCAAUGCACCAGCAGAGGAUCCUUUAACUCAGAACUUCGAUCAUAACGCUCCUAUUGUGAUACAGCCAUAUGCUAUUGAGGAGCCGGAGGAGGACCCUCCCCCUGUGUCUUCCACGCCUGCUAUUCUAUUUCUUCCAGGAUCCAAUUCCGAGUAUUGGCAAACCGAGCUGGUGGACUCAAUGGAGGACCUACAUUGUGAAUCUGACUAUAGUAUCACCAAGCCGAUAUCAAGAUAUAGCCGAGGCAAGAAAAGAAAACCGUCCAGCAAUGCGACUGGGGUUUCUCAAAUAUUCCAAAAACAGGGACCUUUAAUGUCACAAGAUCGACGAUACGAAGAGGGACCCAAUCUGAAGUUGAGAAAGCUCCGCAGAAAAACCAAGCAAUCCAACGAGGCUUUGGGAACUCCGGUAGGCGGUCUUUCGGACGUCGGACUCAGUGAUUUAGAAUCCUCAGAGAGUUUCUGCUCGAGGACUUCGACACGCCAAGCUGCUCAGAAGGCGAAGGAAGCCAUAUCAGCCGGUCCAGACACUAAAGGCAAGGGCGGAGCGGGCGCAAAACGCAAGGAAGCUGCGCAUAAAGGUCCCGAGCCGAAAAGGAGCAAAAAGGAUGAUCAGAAGCCUGCGCUGGAUGAAGACAAGAAGGUGGAGGAGCGAAAGGAGGAUGCAGGCGAGCAAGUAAAGGAGAAGAAGGAGGAGCAUAUUGAACAAGAAGCAGAGGGAGAGAAGGUUCAGCCGAUUGAGGAGCAAGCAGAGAAAGCGAAGGGUCAGCAGGAUGAGGGAUCAGCAGAGGGAGAGAAGGGCCAGCAGGAGGAGGAACCAGCAGAGAGAAAGAAGGAAGAGCCUGAAGAAGAGCAAGCAGUGGGAGCAAAAGAAGAACAGAAAGAAGAACAAGUAGAAGAGAGCAAGGAGGAACAACGGAAUGACAAAGACGAAGCGCGGGAAUCAAAGACUGAACAGGCAAAACCUGCUGACGAGCAAGAGAAGCCUGCUGCUGAUGGGGUUGAAUCCGGGGUUCAAAAGUCACAGGAAAGAGAAGAAGCCGUUCCUUCGAAUAUACUCGAAAAAGGCGUAAUUUACUUCUUUUAUCGACCUCGAGUUAACGUGUCCGAACCGAAUAGUGUUGACGAUGUUGCCCGAAGUUUCAUUGUACUACGUCCAACUCCUCUAGGGGCCUCACUGGAUCAAACGCAGGGGUCUUUAGAAGCUGGCGCGAAGUGUCGGCUGAUGUUAUUGCCUAAAAAGAAAUUUCCAACGAGCGGGAGGGAGAGAGACAUGGGUUUCGUCGAGAAGACUGGACAGACGAUGAAAGAACUCCAAGAGAACUUCAUUGCCGGUGAGAAAUAUGAAACCUCGACUCGUGGCGAACGCACCGUGCCCGAAGCCAAGCCAUAUGCCGAAGGCGUCUAUGCAAUUACAUCCACCAAGCGAGCUUCGCACUUGGCGUACAUUUUAACCAUCCCCGGGGAAGUUGGCCCUCUCCAGGAAGACUUCGGCCUUCACGCGCGCGGCAGCUGGAUCGUGCAGUCGAAGAACCCGAAAUAUCCGGGCCCUUCCUUCGCGCAACUCCCAAAGGAUCCUGAGUACCCAGAAAGUGUCCGCGAAAAGUUUCAGGAUUACCGCUGGGUGCCAUUGACACCUGAGUUCAUCGACUAUCCAAACGCCCAGUUCCUUAUGAUUGGUGAAGCUACAGAUGACCUUGGAAAGGCUGCUACUGCCGAGUCUGACGGCAAGCGGUCUGAGGAGGUCCAGCCUGGGGAAGAGCUGGAGAAGUUGGAGGGUGAGAACGAGGAGAGAGUGGAGUCAUUGAAAGGGGAUGAUGCUGUAUACAAAGAUCUGGGACUGGAUGCGAGUAAGUAUCCUAAGGUGCCAACGACUUGGGACGGUCAGUAG